AUGGCUGAGGACAAUCACACAGUUGUGAGGGAAUUCAUUCUUAUGGGAUUCACUGAGUCCCUGAUGUUGAAGAGGAUACUUUUUGUGCUAUUUCUCAACAUCUAUCUCACCACACUAGUGGGCAAUCUGGGGAUGACGGGGUUAGUCAGGGUGGAACCCCAACUCCACACCCCAAUGUACUUCUUCCUCAGUAACUUAUCCUUUGUGGAUGCCUGCUACUCCUCGACCAUCGCCCCCAGGAUGCUGGUGGACUUCUUAGUGGAAAAGAAAACCAUUUCAUUAGGUGGAUGCGCUACCCAGCUGUGCUUCUUCAUCGUUUUCGCUACGACGGAUAUCCUGCUCCUGGCUGUCAUGGCUUACGACCGUUACGUCGCUAUCUGCAACCCUCUGCUUUACCCAGCGAUGGUGUCGAGGAAGACAUGCUUCCGACUGGUGGCGGGUUGCUUCUUAGGAGGGAGUCUGAGUUCUUUGAUCCACACUAGCUUUACCUUCCAGCUAUCCUUCUGUCACUCCAACAUCAUCCACCAUUACUUCUGUGAUAUUCCUCCUCUGUUAGCCCUCUCCUGCUCUGACACCCGGAUCAAUGAAAUCCUGAUUUUUUCUCUAGGGAGUUUGGAAUUGGCAGUCUCACUUUCGACCAUUUUCUUCUCUUACUUGUUCAUCCUCAUAACCAUCCUGAGGAUCCGCUCAGCCGAGGGCAGACUCAAAGCCUUUUCCACCUGCACCUCCCACCUGACGGCCAUCGUUUUAUUGUACGGGACGCUGAUCUUCAUGUACUUGCGCCCCAGCUCCAGCUCUGUGCUGGAUCAGAAGCCAGUGAUGUCCGUGUUGUACACGAUGGUGAUCCCCAUGUUGAACCCUCUGAUCUAUAGCCUGAGGAACCGGGAGGUAAAAAAUGCCCUGAGAAGAGUCCUGGAGAGGAAAAUGGUGUCUUGGUCUAGAGUGGGCAGGAGUGAGCAGAUGGAAGCUUUGAUGAGGCAAUUUAAAAGGAGGCAGCUACAGUGCGCCAACCUUGCUGCCUAUAACUGGAAACAGUAUCACUGUGAAAGUUCUGAACUGGCCAAGGUCGUGAUGGACUAUAACAAUGGCCUGGGGACCACUUCCCAGGGGUCUCCCCAAAUCUUUAAAGAAGACUUAUCAUCAAGAACUCUAGCUUUUCAAAUCGACCAGGGAAGAACAAUCCCCCUUCAACGGGCAGGAGUUUGCAAUCUGCAAGAGAAAAUUGGUCCAGUAGACAAGCGUGAAAAUCUUACAACACUAGAUAAGAAUUUGUGUUACUGGCUAACUUCACUACUUAGUCUCUUGAACUUGCUUCUGAACACUGAGAACCUAGACACCAUUUAUUUCAUGCUAUGA